GUUUACUUGCUUUUUUAAAUAAUUUUAUUUUGAGUUCAUAUUUAUUUAUUAGUUUCUGAUUUCCUUUUUUCUUGCAGCAUUUAGAUGUGAUCUUUUAUUACUUCAGGAAGAAGGCUGAAGUUACUAAGACUUGCAAAAUCAGUUUCACAACAACUGAUACUCUUUUUAAUGUGAAUGUACUGAAAGCAUAUACUGCAACCCCAGAUAAAACAUUUUCUUGGUCCAAGUUUGCAGGUCUAUGUGAUUCUAUUGUAGGGCUUCAAUUGCCCUGUUCAAAAGCUUGGGAAGAAGUUGACCAUGUUUUAUGCCAAUUUACAUUAAGACGCAGAUGCAUUGGAUUCUAGCUAGAUUUUGUAUUAAUGAUUGGUGCAUAUAUGUUUAUAAUUCCAUGGUCAGUCCAAGGGAUAUAGCUCAUGCUACAGAUGCUGUUAAGCCAUAUACUGUGAUUCUGCCUUUGUGUUUUAGACACAUGGACCACUUUUAUAAACGUGCAAUGGAUGUUAAUAAGAACUUAGAUGUGAAAUUCAUGACUAACUUGCCUGUUCAAGAAUCAGCUGACUGUGGGGCUUAUGUUGCUGCUUUUGCUGAAUACUUCAUUGAUGGCAUAGAGAUUCCUCCAUUUUUGGAUAUUGAGCUAUACAGAUCGAGGCUUGCCUAUUUUCUUUAUCAGUAUGGAGUGUCUAAGCUUAAUGGUGAAGUGCAGAG